CGACUGUCAACUAACCCUUGACACAAGUGGAAGAUUUUAAUUCAGUCUGCACUGCUCUGAGAAGUAUCUGAUCUCCUUGCAUGAGCUUGCCGAGACUUGCCCAGGUGCACUCAACUACACGCUCCUGCAGGAUAACGGGACUCACGAGAGUAUGGCUCAACAACGGUGCUCUAGUCUAACCGACGCUAUGGUCACGUGGCACACAAACGUGGAUCAAAAGGACACAUGCUUUGAUACCUAACACAGGUACGCUAAUCGAAGUCGACCUAGGGCACCGUGAACUGUUAAUCCCAGGCUGGUGUAAAUAGUGCGAAGUGUUUUGUUUGUAUGUAUGUCCACCCUACAGACAUGGACGCCACCCGUGUGAGUCUCGUGCUCCUUGAGCUCGUGUGCAAGUACGAGAAAGAGCGUGACACCCAGACGCGUAGGCUGACAGAGUUCCCUCGGGUUUGUCCCGCUUCAGCUUUUAUUCAAUAACGGCGGAUUUCCCAAAGUUCACGAGUGUUUACAACCUUUUUACGAGGUCGAUCAGAAAAGAAUCAAUGAAGCUGACACUCAUUUGUGUGAGGUCAAUUAUUGGUGUUCUAGACAAUGAGUUGGAGAAACUUUUAGACCGGAACUGCAAAGAAUUGAAAACUAGGUUGAAGAGUGUGGACUAUAGAUAAUGACAACCUACACACUCCGUAUGAUUUUCUUCUGUUGUGCCAGCUCACAAUUACACAGAUAUCAGCAGGUGUACGCACACUUAGGACAUGGGACAGUAAUACAGGGCUACGAUACCACCAUUUUUCAAAAAUCAAGAGGGUGGUUUUUCCGAGUGCGACAACAGCAAAUGAAUCUCUCGUCCACCACUUUUUCAGCAACCAUCGAACAGAAAUGAACGUGUUAUCGGCGGGAUACCGUUAUGUGCUGAAGUAAAGCUCUCUACCUCGGGGUACAUGCCAUAUUGUCACCACAGAGGCAAACUGAUCUCGAACGCUGGUUUUUCUCUUCACUUUCUAAGGCUGCUCCAGAGAAUGGCGAUCAUCCAGCUUUUGCAGGUUUUGCUGCUGAUGGCGUUUGUUAUGACAAAUUUUCCGGAAUCCAAGAGUUUACCACAAGCAGCAAAACAGAAAACAACAUGUGGGAUCCGUCGUCUGGACGCCUUUGACAUGAUGCUGACCUGCUACUUCCACGACAACAUUAGUGCUCUCCAGAUAGAGUUCACUGUGUAUCUCUAUAAACAAAAGCAACAAAGCCCAAAGACGGUGGUAUCGUGCAGCUGGACUCCGGAGUUCUUCUGUUACGUGGCGUCUGGGUACAAGUACGAGGACGACAUUGUUGUUCACCAUGAUCACACCAACAUCCGGAUACUCCACGCGAACACCGAGCAUGUUGGGACAUACAGCUGUCAGGUGAUGGGCGAGAGCGAUUCUGGAAAUUGCAGUCUUACCGAGGAAAAACCUCCACCGACUUUGUCAUCACCUGUUCCGUACACAGAGCUGACCUUAAGGACUAAUAAUGUACAAACCACAACACCAACAUCUGUAGUCUCUAGCGAUCAACAGACGCAAAGUUCAGAUGAGCAGAGUUCAGCCGUUAGUGAGCCUAUUGCUGCCAAAGAAGCGAGAGAAGAGAAGGAACACAAGGAUACAGAAACCCAGGGCAACACUGUGAUUCAUGUGGUUCCUUCUGUGGUUUUGUCUGCUGUACUAAUUGGCAUUAUCAUUGCUGUAAUCGUCGUGCUAUGUAGGAGGAGAAUACAGAAAACAAGAACUGUUCGUAAAGAGAACGACACCCGGGAAACAGAGUCCAUAAAGCUGAUGGGUGAAAGGCAACCAGAUGAAUGUCACAAUGAAAGCCCACCACCCAUACCUGGGGAUCACGAAGACUGUCCAACUACUGGCAGUCACCUGACAGAUGGAGGGGAAGACAAACAGCAGACACGGAGAAACUUUCCCCUGUGUAGUGAAGAGUCUGCGCACCAGCAAGGACCCGAAGUAAAGACGAGGUCUGAAGAAGAUGACGACUCUUGUCUUGAAACUGCCAAUAAGUGUCUCGUUGAUGAACCGUCAGACCUUGUUGAAAAAACCGGGAUUCAGGAACGAGGUGACGAUGAUAUUCAAGAUGAUGAGAGAAAUGUUGAUGGGGGCCUUCUAGAAUUACAACAAACUCACAGCCAUAUAGAUGCACCCAAGAAGUUUAACAAAGAGGAGGAAGAGGACUCCCCAGUCACUGAAACUGCACUGACAACAGGACGUGUAAAGGUUCGUGAAGUGCAGUAACAACAGAAUGAGACUAUCAUACACCUAUACCUUCACAUACCUUCGCUUGUGUCGACUGGGCACUGGGGGAGACAAGCACCUUCUGGCAGGGUUGAUCAUUGGCAUCAUUAAUGAGCGGCUGAGGCAAGUCAGGAAGAUGAAAGUGUCGACUUGAUGUUUGACAGUUCUUGCUCUGCCAGUAUCUACCUUGUUCAAAAUGUUCUGAAGGGUGGAACUGGGGUAUCAUGGAGACUACAUAACCACAGGCUUCUGAUAUUUUGCUGUAUCUAAUCCGCAUGUAUGUGUGUGAUGACUGAUGCUCUUAAUACAUGGUUCAGGAAGGUGACUAAGUGUGAAGAACCGGCUUAUUACACAUAGUGUAAAAUAAACAAUUAAUUUUCCUCAAGAAUGAUUGCUCUACUUCUAGUUGUUGUAAUAGUUCAUUUUCAUCAGUUAGGGUGAUUUUCUUUUGAGUUUAGUAAAUUUAGACUGAGUUUUAUUGAAUCUCGUUAUCAAAAUUGAUGCCGUUCAAUGCAAUUUCAUCGACUGAUUCUUCUGAUAAUGUAAACUGCGACUGAAAUCGUUCCUGAUUACAUUCUUUGCAAAACCAUGAUCACUUCUAUGAAAAUUGUCAAAUAUGCUGUAACAGUAAUCCCUGGGUUAUUCAAUUCACUAGAAGAAUCAUAAAUGAGAACAAGAUUUUUUUAAAAGGGGGUACAAAAUAGAACAAGAAGAAAACUUAGAAAAAGUUUAGAGAGGAGACCCGCGGGACCAAAAUAAAGUGAAAAGAAAAGCUCAAAUGUAAUUUUCAGUGAAAAACAGGAAACAUUUAGAGAUGCAUGGCAGAUGUUUAACACUUUAGUGGUCAGUACAAGAUUUAGAACAACAGUACUCAGACCGAAACUGAAAAGGAGAUAUUUUCAAGAUGUGACCUAAAUGAUGAUGAUCCCAAAAGUUUGUCGACAAUUUAGCUUUUUAGGCUUGUUAAGGCUAGAACAUGCUUUGUGUGUGCUUGUCUGUGUGUGUGUGCUUGUGUGUGUGUGUGUUGGGGGGUAGGGAGCAGCGAGAGAGACUGACAGUUUGCGGGUUUGAAAGAGGGAGGGGAGUGUGGACAAUUAUAUUUUGAUCUAUUUUAGGGAGAGGGUUAAUAAAGCAAAGGAAGGAUCAGCAGCUUCUUAUUUGAAACAGGUUGCAUUUUGUAUGGUACAAGUAUUUUUAUUGAAAUAUCAAAAAAUAUUUUUCAUCAGCUUCUUUAAAGAGACAAUACAGUUGCAUUUAACACAUUGUGUGUUCCUGUUUCUCGCAUUUGUAUAUUACCCCUCGCUGUGAUUUAUUUUAUAUAUAUGUAAAUUGAAAAUUCUAUAUUUUUUCAGAAAACAAUCUUUCCUUUGCAUUUUUAUGUGUGAAUUUGCAGUUGCACAUAUUAAAAACGAAUGCAUUAGUAGCAAACAGGGAGUUUUUUUAGUUUUUUCCCAAGUGUUCUUUU